GCGCGAUCAUGUUGGGAAUAUUGAGCUCCGUCCCGACCCAGAUGGACUUCAAGGGUCAGAAACUCGCUGAACAGAUAUUCCAAGGCAUCAUCCUCUUCUCUGCGGUCGUGGGCUUUCUCUAUGGUUAUGUGAUUGAGCAGUUUGGUUGGACCGUGUACAUUGUGAUCGCAGGAUUUGCUGUCUCUUGUUUGCUGACCCUGCCCCCGUGGCCCAUGUACAGAAAGAACCCGCUGAAAUGGCUCCCGGCGCAGGACUGUGCCCAGGAUGAGAAGAAGCAAACGGAGAAAAAGCCCAAAAAGCACAAAUAGCCUGGGGGCGUGGCUUGUGGGCGGAACCCAUCUGUGACCAAAUCUGGAGAAUGGACUUGAGCCAGGGAGUGGGAGGAGCUUUCUGCUAAGCAGAACAUUGGGCAGUGCCGGGGGCGGAGCCAUGUGUGUUUUGUGUCCAAUAAAUCCAUUGUCAGAAA